CCGGUCCGGAGUCCCCGACUUUUCUGUGACGCUGUGACGACCGCGAUGUCACGACCCAUGACGGCAACGCGCUCGUCCUCUCACUAGUACCGUGGCACAUUCCGUUACGAAUACCAGCACCGAAUCGAUGAGCCUGUGUGCAGGGCUUCACUCUGCAAAGUUACAGUGACAUCUACCAUGAGCGACCUAGCACCCGAAGUACGACGCUCAGCGGCUUUCAACAAGUACAUCUUGUACGAGAACAGACUGCGAUUCUUUGUUAUUGCGUCCAAUACCGCUGACUCGAGGCAUCGAAUCAUCAAGAUUGACCGCACAAGUCAAGAGGAACUCGUCGUGGUCGAGGAUGAGGCAGAGUACAGUGGGAAGCAGAUGAGCGCCAUGCUCAAGAUGCUCGACGACGGAAACAAGAGCUCUGGAGGGCUUGGGAGGGCAAAGGUGUUCUUUGGGAUCGCAGGAUUCGUCCGUUUCACUGCGGGGUGGUACAUGGUCAUCAUCACGAAGCGUUCUGUGGUCGCCCUACUCGGCGGCCAUUAUCUUUAUCACUGUGAAAGCACUGAGAUGAUUCCGGUCACUUUCAACCAAAAGAUCGAGAAGGCAGCGGGGGAGCAGCGACUCAUUAAUAUCUUUAAGCAAGUCGAUAUGUCAAAGAACUUUUACUUCAGUUACACUUAUGACCUGACAUCGUCCUUGCAACACAAUCUCACGGGCUCCAGUCGUUCUGUGCGCGGGAAAUGGGCCUUCAACGACAGAUACGCGUGGAACUUCAACAUGAUUACUGCUCCUUUCGAGCACUCAGGUGGCCUGGCGAGUCCACGUUGGCUUCUUCCUCUGCUUCAUGGACAUGUAGAUCAAGCUAAACUCACUGUUCUGGGCCGCGUCGUUUUCAUUACGUUGAUCGCGAGGCGUUCACGCCACUUCGCAGGGGCGCGAUAUCUCAAACGCGGGGUCAACGAUGAGGGCAACGUCGCAAAUGAGGUCGAAACGGAACAGAUAGUGUCGGAAGCUAUCACAACGCCUUUCUAUUACCCCGCCCCAAGAAGCUCGUUAGGAGACAAAUGUAGUCGUCGUCCUAGUCCUAACUAUACCAGUUAUUUACAGUACCGUGGGAGUAUUCCUAUCUACUGGACACAAGAAACAAACAGCAUGACUCCGAGGCCGCCCAUUGAGAUCAAUGUUGUAGACCCUUUUUACACCGCAGCAUCUCGCCAUUUUGAUGACCUUUUUAAAAGAUAUGGCGCGCCCAUAACGAUUCUCAAUCUGAUCAAAAAAAGGGAACCCGUACCUCGAGAGUCCAAGUUGCUGGAAGAAUAUACUCUUUGCGUCAGAUACCUUAACCAGUUCCUUCCGAAGGAUAAACAAAUGAUUUACCAGGCCUGGGAUAUGUCUAGAGCAUACAAAGAUCACAGAAAGAAACAGGAUGUUAUAAGCUACUUGGAGGAUAUAGCGGAAGAAUCCAUCCAAGUCACAGGUUUAUUCCAUUCAGGACCAGAGCCGUAUUCACAUUAUCUGCAGAGUGACUCAGCAACCUGGCGAAACACUAUCUCCUUACAGAAUGGGAUCUGCCGGACAAAUUGUGUCGAUUGUCUAGAUCGCACUAACGCUGCACAGUUUGUUUUUGGGAAACGUGCUCUCGGGCACCAGCUGUACGCGCUCGGCGUCGUCGAGAAUCCGAAUCUGGCAUUCGACUCUGAUGCAGUCAAUAUGCUGACGGAAAUGUACCACGAUCACGGCGACACUAUUGCGCUCCAGUAUACUGGAAGCGCCCUUGUGAAUCGCGUGGAAACAUACCGACGUAUGCCUCACUGGAACAGUCACUCCCGGGAUAUCAUUGAGAAUAUCCGCCGAUUCUACACCAAUUCCCUGUUAGAUGCUGACAAGCAAACUGCUAUCAGCCUCUUCCUGGGCGUCCAGAGCGAGCGUGCCAUCACUCAUCGUCCUGUGCGGAGCGGUUACAGACAAUGGUUCAACCCAGAACACCUCAAACCAGCGUAUGUAAUUGCUGACUGUGACAAGAAGCUACGAGAAUUUGUGAAAACGAAGGGUGACUUUUGGAUCGAGUACUACCGGCCUUUGCUGUUCACAUCUCUCGGAAAGCACUUUGCGUAUUCGAUGAACAGCACAUUGAAAUUGCCAGGGAAAACUGCGAAAGACAUGAAUCACAGUCCGUUCGAAACGAGUUCACGUCAUAGGCCAUCUAGUGUCGUGCAAGGCGUCAGGAAAUGGAUAGGAUCACAGAAUGUCGCAGCGCCGAAGAAACCGAGUGGGAAGCCGACUGCAAGGACCGAAACUCGGAAAGCUUCUUUCGAGCCCGAAUUUGAUCGCCAUUCGUUGUCAACAGAGGCUAUUGCGAAGCAGAUGCUGGAGCCUUUCGUAUCAGAAACAGAAGUGGCGGAAUAUCAAGGAUAUAUUGAUCAAUAUGAGGAACUUCUUGAUGCUCCCAGCACGAGGAGCGAGAAAAAGGAUCUGGAGGUGUACACGGCAGCUGUACAUGACGAGGCCAGUGAUUAUUUUAGGUAUGUUGAAUAUGGUUCGGUACAGUAUCACGAGGGACAGGGAAGGAAAGAACCGCUCCCUAUCACCUUCAAUUACGAGCGAUGGCUGAACAGUCACACCAUCGUGUAA